AUUUAACGAAAUAAACCCUAAUGAGAAUGCAGACAGAUUGAAGGAAACCCAAAAUUGUGCCAAAAAUCCAUUACAAAAUGAACGCUGUAUCGAGGCGAGCUAUUACUGGAAUCUUUACUCCAGCGAGACAGGGGAUCAACUUAUUGAGUCAUGAUCUGAGUCAGGUUCAGCAAAUGAGAGGGAUAAGGGUGAAGGUAAGGAACGGCAACUUGGAGCAAGCGUUGGCGGUGAUGCAGCGGGUGAUGCAAUCUAGCGGAAUCGAACGGCUGAUAAAGCAGGAACAAACUCAUCACAUUAAGAAUUCGGAGAAACGGAUUUUGGCACGCAAGAUUUUGGAGCGUAAGAUCAAAUCACAGGACCACGCUCGCAAGCUGCAAACCAUCCUCAUCAAGAAAGUCAGGGGUCUGUGAGGGCAGCUUUGGUGUAGUUUUCUGGGUAAACUUUUGUUUUCUUACGGAAUUCCAGGAUUGUUCAAAACUUUAUUUCCCUUUUUUUAGUUCAACUGGAUGAAUUGGGCAUUGGCAUUUGCACUUUGUACUGGUUUGACAUUCCUUCGUUCAUGGUUGAGAAUUGAUGAAUGAUGAUACAUAUGAAACACGAUGAUUGGGAACUCAUUUGGAUUUAAACGGAGCUACAGUACAUGACUUGUUAAUCA